AUGCGAUUAUUUUGCGACGGUGAAAUGGCCGAGGGCUUGGAUAAGUUAGCUGGACAGAGCAAAAUACCGUGUCCUCUAUGUCAUAACGGCUUCGACGAUCCAAAAGUUUUGCCGUGUUUACAUACUUUUUGUAAGAACUGCCUGACGGAAGCGGUCGAAAAUGGUCGGUUAAAAUGCCCAACGUGUCGUUUAAACGUUCCUCUGUCUGAGGCCGGAAUAGACGGUUUACCUACAAACAUCUUCAGUCAUAAUAUUUUGGAUGUGCUUGUUCCGAGCCAAGGAAGCAUCGAAACCAGCAGCUUGAUACGAGCUGUGAUCCGUGAUUGCAGUAAUUGUAGUGAAGGAUCAAUGGUUACGGCGCACUGUAAAGACUGCAGUGAGUAUCUAUGUGACAGUUGUGUUCGAGCUCAUCAGAGAGUUCGGAUGACCAAAGAUCAUAGAAUCGUUUCAUUUAUCGAAGAAGCUGCUAUGAUGCAGAAUAAAACAACCCUUGCCACAUCAACGUUAGCGUCUUCGCCAACCAUUUCAAUUUCGCCCUUGCCGACGAUGGCCGAUAAAACUCCUUCUGAAGGGUUAGUACGCUGUGGGAAACAUGAAACUGAAUUUUUGCGGCUUUAUUGCGAGACAUGUUUUACUCCGGUCUGUAGUGAUUGUACUUUCCAAGAUCAUCGAGGCCAUAGUUUCCAGUACCUUCGCGAGGCGGUUGAAUCAACCAAAGCGAUCGUGGGAAAGUUGAUCGCUGAUGCCAAAAGCGAGAUUUGUAAAUUGGAAGAAUCGGUGAGUUCAUCGCAAGCGAUCGCAGAGCAAGUGGAAUACAGGGCACAAACUGUCUCCAACGAGAUCAGGCAAACUGUACGAAGGCACAUGGCUGCAUUGGAAGAGCGGGAGAGAGAGCUUUUACGACGCGUGGAGAAAGUGCGCCAAAUUAAAGGUAAAUCCCUUCAUUUACAGAUUGAUGAACUCAAGGCUAGCUUAGGUAAAGUCUUAAGCGUUUGCAAAUCGUCUGAGGGAGCGUUAGAACUGAACUCAGACCCCGAAUUGCUCGCAGCCAAGGGUCGUUUAUCUAAACACUUAAAUGAACUUAGAGCGAAACGUGGCCUAUUACAGCCCCACGAAGAUGACGCCAUAUUAUUCACACCUCCUGACCAGGCUUUGCAAACAGCCAUUAGUUCUCUGGGUAUUGUUAGUAGUAGCGCUUUUGCUCCGUAUUCUUGUGCGACUGGUGACGGGCUAAGACGAGGUAUUCGCGGCAAAGUGGCUAUGUUUAUAGUGCAAGCUAAAGAUCAUCAAGGCGAAAACCGCUGUAUCGGUGGGGACCCCUUGCGCGUUCAAGUACAAGGCCCUGAUGGGAUUUUCUAUCGAGCAGAGGUUAGCGAUCGGCAAAAUGGAACUUACACAGUUUCUUAUCGUCCUCAAGUGACUGGAGAACAUAUUGUUUCAGUGACUAUACGUGGUCGACACAUUAACGAUUCUCCGUUCAGAGUUACAGUUAUCAAGGGUCGAAAUUACGUUGGCAUAGGGCCAGUUGUUCGUUUUUUCGGCUCUGAGGGUGAAGCUGAUGGUGAACUUUGUCGCCCAUGGGGCGUUUGCUGCGAUAAAGAUGGUAAUAUUAUUGUUGCUGAUCGAAGCAACAACCGUAUUCAAGUCUUCGAUUGCUACGGGAAUUUUCGUCUCAAGUUCGGAUCUGCAGGCUCUAGAAAUGGACAAUUUGAUCGGCCCGCAGGGGUAACUUGUGACAGCGAUGGACGCAUUAUCGUUGCUGAUAAAGACAACCAUCGUAUCCAAGUUUUUAACGCCGAUGGAACAUUCAUUCUUAAAUUUGGCGAGAAAGGUUGCAAGAAUGGCCAGUUUAGCUACCCCUGGGAUGUGGCAUGCAACAACGAGGGUAACAUUCUAGUUUCGGACACGCGUAAUCACCGUGUCCAACUCUUCGACAGAGAGGGAAAGUUCCUCGGCAAGUUUGGCUUUGAAGGCAUCCACUGGAAAGAGUUUGAUUCUCCCCGCGGUGUAGCGUUUAAUCAUGAAGGCCAUAUGAUCGUCACCGACUUCAACAACCACCGAUUGCUCGUGAUCAGGGUGGACUUCCAACAUGCCUGGUUCUUGGGAGUGGAGGGAAGCAAGAACACAGAGUUCCUACGCCCUCAAGGAGUCGCCGUGGACCAAGAGGGAAACAUCAUCGUUGCUGACUCAAAGAAUCAUCGAAUUCAGAUCUUCCAACCCAAUGGAAACUUCCUCUGCAAGUUUGGAAUACACGGCAAUGCCCCUGGUCAGCUUGAUCGUCCUUCAGGUAUAUGUGUAAGCAACGAAGGAGCAAUCAUUGUUGUAGAUUUUGGUAACAAUCGCAUACAAGUGUUCUAA